AUGGGUCCGCAUGGCGACACGGCCUCACGCCUCUCUCAGCUGCCGUUGCCCGACGUUGCAACGCUGCUGAAACGGUACGUUGAGUUUUUGGAUCCGCUAGACGGCGUCGAUGGAAAAGAAACGGCUGUUAACUUUGCUCAGCAGGUGACGCGGUGUCUUCGGGGAGGAGACGGUGAAGUUCCUCCAGAAUGGCGCGGCAUUGCGGAAUAUUUUUGCUUUUUGGAGCAAUAUGCAAGGGAGUACAAGCGUAUUUGUAACAAUUUGCUGCGUACCUCGCACAUGGCGGCUUUGUGGAAUUCAUUUUAUCUUGGCAACCGGAGUGCACUGCCAUUUGGAUGGAACUACACGUUGUAUCUUGAUGGGCCCUCGCUUGAACAACCCUGCCAGCAACUGAAUAUUUCUUUGCCGGCCUUGCGGGCGGCAAUCAUUGGGGCAGCAUCAUUUCACUUGCGUCGUCUCGUUAAGAACCCACGUUUUUUCACUUUGGAGGGGCAGAGUCGUCUCCCAACUUCUUGCCGUGUGGAUUUGAAGCUCUGCCGUGACCAAUUGACACGAUUAUUUCGAACUGUUCGUAUUCCUCACCUUGGCAUGGAUGGGCUUCGUUGGUCGUGUACAAACAAGGUACUGAUUCUCCGUAGGGGGCAUCCGUUCGUCUUGGAUUGGGUUAGUUUUGGUGCUGAGGAUGAGGUUAGCGGCUUGGGGUUGCGGUGGUUGGAGGAGGUGGUUGCAAAUGCUCGUCUAAUUAACGCUUUCAUUUGCGAGACGUCAACGUUGUCUUUGCAAAGGGAAAACCCAUUGGUAUUUUCAAGCGGGUGCCGUGGAACGUGGGCGCGUAUUUUUGAGAGGUUGUGGAAUGAAGGGACUUCAAAGGCAGCUCUGGAUGAUAUUACGUCCUGCAGCUUUUCAAUUUGUCUCGAUGAUGAAAUGGACCCCGCCCUGUCUCUUCACGGUGGUAAGUACCCGGAGAAUCGCUAUCCUGACAUCAAUGUUAUGUACAUGUUAAACCCCGCGGGCGGCGCCAGCUGCAAUAUGGAGCAUUCGUGGGGUGAUGGCAGUACCAUGUUACUGGUUUGCAGUAUGAUCCACCACUAUGCCGUGUCUUUUUGCAAGGAAUACAUUGCAUUGGAUCGAACUGCGUGGAUCAAUUCAUUGCCAGAUUAUAAAUCACACGUGAGGCCUGUCCAGUUUGGCUCAUUGACUGAAGAUAUUCUUGAUGCGAUUGCCGAGUGUCGCCAGGCCCAUCAGCGGCACGUGGAUAACACGGAGCUGACAGUGCGGAAUAUUUGUGCAUUUGGAAGAAAUGAAAUUAAGCGACACUGCCGUGUGAGUCCUGAAGCCUUUGUGCACGCCGCAUUUCAUCUCGCCCAGCGGCGACUCUUUGGUGACCAGCGAUCAACGUAUUGUGCCCUUUUAAUGAAAAAAUAUCAUCAUGGACGCACGGAGACUUUACGGACGGUCACACAAGAGACUCAGGCGUUGGCCGAUUUGGUGGAAUCGGCGGAAAAUACAAAAGUCUUUGAUCAAGCAGUUGCAGUGGCGUUGCAAAAGGCGAACGAAGAGCACUGCAGACGCAUUGCGGUGUGCCGUGCGGGAGAGGGAUUUCAUCGAGCUGUGACAUUCCUGCGGCGUCUCCACAAUGUGGCGAAGGAGCGGUUUACACGUGCAACUUCGCCGCCACUCGCGAGUGAUUUUUCAAAGGCUCUGGCUUUCGUUGAUGCCUUAUUUUUUGACUCUUCAUCUCUACGAGAGCUCUCAUGUGAUUAUCUUUCUACCUCCAAUAUCACUGGCAGUGGGAUUGCCUCUUUUUGCUUUACAGCCACACACCCAGAUGGCAUUGGAAUUGGUUACUCCCUCUUCCCUGACCACCUCACCUUUGCAUUUUCAGCGCACAAAAGUUUUGCACGUCCAUUGAAGGGCACGUGGAAAAAUAAGCUGGUGGAUGAGGGGGUUGCCAAAAGUGGUGGAAGACACAUAUGCCAACUAUAUGCUGAUGCAUUGGAGCAGUCCCUUUAUGACUUGUACCGUCUUUCAGCUGUGUUGCCUACUCCGAAACUUUAA